GCUCUGGUUGUCUUUAUAAAAGACACAUGCAUCUUUGUGGGGCAGACAUCUGCUCAGUCACUCAUACAGUAAACUGUACAAAAGUUUCCUUCAAAGGCAAACGGACAUCUAUCUCAACAACGAUGUUCAGCUUGCUGCUGGCUCUGCUGUUCCCCGUGGUGGUGCAGUCCUCCCUGCAUCCAGUGGACUGUAAUGAGGUGUACCGAUCAGGUUUUGGACUGAAUGGGGUUUACACCAUUCAUCCUGCAGGACCCACCUCACCUGUCCAGGUGUUCUGUGACAUGUCGAUGGACAGUGCAUAUCUAGGAAAGUGGACGGUGAUUCAAAACAGACAGGACGGAUCAGUGAACUUCCACAGGAAGUGGGAUGAGUACAAGAGUGGGUUUGGGAGCGCAGCUGGAGAGCACUGGCUGGGGCUGGAGACGAUGCAUCUCCUGACUACGAAAGGAACCUAUGAGCUGAGGGUGGACAUGGAGGACUUUGAGGGGAAGAAGGUCUAUGCUCAGUACUCCUCCUUCUCUGUUGGACCAGAGGCUGAAGGAUACCUGCUAAAGCUGGGCUCAUUCAAAGAUGGAGGAGCAGGAGAUUCUAUGACUCAUCACAGUGGUCAGAAAUUUACAACGUUAGAUAAAGACCAGGACCUUAACCUCAACAACUGUGGCCAGAUGUACUACAGUGGAUUUUGGCACAACAACUGCCAUUGGACUAAUCCCAAUGGGAUAUACGCAUGGGGGGAGUCUGCCUACGGUAUUGGCAUCAACUGGAAAACAUGGAAAGGCUUUACAUACUCCCUGAAAACCAUUACCAUGAAGAUCAGACCAGCCACUGAAUAGAAGUGAAACGGCUUAACUGAUAACCAUCUCUACUUCUAACUAAAUUGUUAAAUCAACAUUUUCAAUAACAAUGAUUGCCACAAAAACAUAUUUCUACCACUUACACACAUUACGUUUACAGGGCAGGGGGUAUCUUUAUUUCUAAGUGUGAUUGGGUCUUCAGAGAUCAUUAGAGGGUGCAGCAGGACACAGAAGAUCCUCUGAUCUACUAAGAAGUGCAGCUUUGCCAUAGCAACAGAAACCUGACUGCAGUGGGGAUGAUGUGACUCCAACCCAUCCUCUGUCUGUCUCUUUCAUACCCUAACCCACUGU